GCCAACUUUUACGAUCUUGUGACUUGCGACUUUUCUUUCUAAACUGUCGUGCAACUAACUCGCAUCUUCCUCUAGCAUUCUUCCUAUAAAGUCGCUAGCAUCUAUAUCUUUUGUAAACGGUUAUCUCCUAGUCGCUUAGCCUAAGAAGCCAAAACUCUAAUCGAAAAUUCUAAAGCGCAACUAAGAAAGUCAAUUGACAGCUUGAAGCUCAAAGCGGGGCAAGCUCGGGGUAUAUUUCUACGAAGCUAUCCAAUCUCUCCUUUCCAAUUGCCCAAGUUAUUUGGGACCUGAUCUUGAUUAGAUCACAGCAUCAUGUCGGGGCCCGUACCUACUGUCACUGCGCUGCAGGACAUCUACACCAAGCAGUCGUUGGCUGACCAGACGGUGCGGUGGAAUAAGCUGCUUGACAAGUUCCAGGCCCUCUAUGGCAGCCCCGCGCAGUUCGUGUCGCGAUCGCCAGGUCGCGUGAACAUCAUUGGCGAACACAUCGAUUAUUCGCUUUACUCCGUAUUGCCUAUGGGAAUGACCAAUGAUAUCAUCAUCGCCGUCUCUACCGAUCUUGAGCCGUCUCGAGAAGGCACUUAUAAGAUCAAGAUAGCCAAUGUCGAUAAUGAACGGUUCCCGACCCGCGAAUUCGAUGUACCGUAUUCCGAGGUCGAGAUCGACGCAACUUUACACGAAUGGACCAAUUACUUCAAAUCAGGGUUGAGGGGAGCGCUACAAUUACUCAGGAAGAAAUACGGAGAUGACUUCAAGCCCAAGAGUAUGGAGGUCCUGAUGGAUGGAACAGUGCCCGCUGGCGGUGGCCUCAGCUCUAGCGCUGCUUUUGUGAGUUCUAGCGCAUUGGCUGUCAUGAUUGCCAACGGUGAGCGUGAUGUCGACAAGAAGGCUCUAACAGAGGUUGCUAUCGUGAGUGAACGAGCGGUGGGUGUCAAUUCUGGAGGAAUGGACCAAUCUGCUUCGGUAUUCUCUAAGCAAGGGUCGGCUCUUCUAGUCGAUUUCUCUCCGUCCCUUGCAGCACGACCAGUAUUUUUCCCUAAAACGAAUCCUGAGCUUUGCUUUAUGGUCGCGCAAUCAUUCGUUACAUCGAAUAAGCAGGAAACCGGCCCAAUCCACUACAAUCUCCGAGUUGUCGAAUGUAGCAUGGCAGCAGCAUAUCUUAAUGCUAAACUAUGCCCCAAGGGAACCGAACUUCCCAAGGAUGCAGGCCCACUGGGCGUGUCCAUACACGGAUUCCACACCAAUUACUUCAAAGGCUCUCAGAAGUCAAUGUCCGAGCAACUUAAAGAAUUGAUCGAGUUAACCAAAUCUACACUCACUCAAGAGCAGGGAUACACCGUGGAAGAAAUUGCCGCGGGUAUCAGUAUAUCAGUCGAAGAGGUGAAAGCUCGCUUUAUGUCCAGCUUCCCGGUACGGGGUGAAUAUUUCAAGCUCCGCCAGCGUGCACUGCAUGUGUUUACCGAGGCCCUGCGUGUCCUCCAGUUCCUCGAACUUCUCGAGAAUCCAGCUCUGGCACCGGAUUCCGAACACACCGUCGAAUACAAUGCCAAGCUCGGCAAGUUAAUGAACGAAACCCAAGACUCGUGCCGAGAAUUAUAUGAAUGCAGUUGUCCAGAAAUCGACGAGCUGUGCAAAAUUGCGCGCGAAGCUGGAAGCUACGGCAGUCGGCUGACGGGCGCUGGCUGGGGUGGUUGCAGCGUUCAUCUGGUGCCCGCUGACAAGGUGGAAGAUAUCCGCAAGGCAUUGCUCGAGAAGUAUUACUCCAAGAGGCAGUUGAGCAAAACGGACCUAGAGGCGGCGAUUGUCGUUAGUCGGCCGAUGAACGGCAGUGCAGUAUUCAAGCUGAAUGACGGGAAGAUUUGAGCGUACAAGAUAGAUAGUAUAUAUUUGCACGUCAUUGGUAAUCAUAUAUCGUUAGAAGUAUGCAACCUUCGAAUCUCCAAGAAAUCUUAUCAUAAUUCAUAGCGUGUUCUCAUGCUAGAUUAUUCCUACAUCGAUAGGUACUGAUACUAAUAGGUGAGCCUACUACCAAAAUCCCGCCUCCUUUCAAUAUUCUCAACAUUCGCUUAGCUUACUCCAGCCGGCCUAGGACUUUAGUGAGAUGUCCUAAGAAUAUCUUAUCUAUCUCAUA